CUCUAGCGGUUGCGGUUCCCAUCUCGUAGUUCGGAAGCACGGGUCGGCUCGGAAAAGCAGUAAGAGCAGUUGUACUAGUAGCGAUGAAGGCAGUGAAAGUCGUGAGCACCAGCCUGGUAGUGCAGCUUCGUCAAGCGCUGAUCAUGGUGCCACCAGUGCUGCUGGAAUAUUAGGGAUGGCCAGAAAUCAUAAUACGGUGGAUGAUCAUCAGCAUGGCGAUCAUUCGCCAGCUCCUUCGACGAGAGCAGCUUCAUUGUCCAGCAUGAUGAGUCUGUCCGAAUUUGAAGAAGCAGAAUUACAAGAAGUAGAUCAAGACGUCCACGUAGAGAUGGAACAAGAGUCUGAUGUUGAUGGUGAUCAUCAACACGCCGCCCCAAUGGAGCUGGGAAACGUCGAAGGUAUUUCUUCGACGGAAAUAUCAUGCCCAUGCGCCGGAUCUUCUACUUCAGCCCCACCGUGUGUCGGUCAGUCAAGUACUGGCGCUUUCAAUUAUUCUUGGAUGUUGAGGAAAAACACAUCCGGUGCGACGAACAAGAUGAAGCAGCCGGAUGCCCGUACAUUGGUCCGACAGGAAUUUGACGAGUGCGCAGGCGUCGAAGAAGUUUUCGAGAAGAGGGCCAAUCAGGAUUACUACCUGGAGUUUCUAGCUCUGAAGAGGCUGCUAUACAAGUACCGGCUGAACGGCCGAAAAAUUUGGAGCGACGAGCUUGCAUAUUUGACCAGGCCGACAAUAUCCAACUGUCGCGAAAAGAAGUCCUAUAAAUCGUAUUCUACUGCUACGCCAAAAAUAAAGCCUAAGCCGCGACGUGGUCGGGUUUGGAAAAACUACAAGCAAGAGUCUUUCCAGCGUUGCUUUUGAUGUAUGCAGAUAGAACUCAGUUCGCAACGUUGCAAAAUUAGCACCAUGUGACACUCAGGAUCAACACGAACACACUAGGCGAAGUAUCUUGUUGAGCUACGUAUAGAUAUGUCUUUUCGCCUGCAUAGUCGCUUUCGAUGAACUUUGAGGAUCACUUUCAAGAUUUCGACAUUUGGACGACCUCGCGCCACUCCGGCGAGUUUGGAGAGUCAAAGGAAGCGAUCAAAAUCAAAUCGGGCCUCAGCGCGGCACAGAGUCCCCGCAAAAAUCCGGCGGUUGUCAGGGACAAGGCGUUUGCGAAAGCAGUGUCGGGGGAUUGGUUCCUGAAGCUGACUCCGGAGCAGAAAGAGCAGGUGUUGGAGUUUCUCAAAACGAAGUGGCAACCAGCGCGGUUUGUUUCUCAAAAGAGCCUGGCGCAAACCUACGUGGCGGGCGUGGAGAGUAAUUUUUUAUCCAACAGACGGAACGCAUAAGUGUCGUGUAUUUCUCCAACAUCGCGAUGUAAGUAAGUAAGUAGGUACGAAGAUGAUAAGAAGAUCGGGACUGUGCCUCACGCUGCACCCGUCUCAAAUGAUUUUGAUCACAGGACGGUAGAUCGAUUCUGAUUCAUGAAGCGAGCCAGGAAUAAUCACAAGAACGCAACACAUCUGCUACAGCAUGUUGUGUCAAGUAGAUGAAUUUCGAUAAUUUGUCUUCGUACAAACGCAUGCGCGAUUGUGAAAUUAGUAGCUAGAAGUUCUUGUGUCAACAUAUUGCAGCUUUUGCGUUCUUGCAUAGUUGAAGGUGAAACCGAAAAUGUUCCUGCACAAAUCUGGUGACCUGUCGGGCAAGAUCGCGGAGUUCCAACCUCCCGCACCGAUGCCGUGUCUGUUCCGGGAAUUGUACACUAAAGUGAAAAAGGCGAACGUGUACUACCAGGACGCGCUGUUUUUCCAAGCCCGGAGGAUCUACCGGCACCCGCAGGCCAGGAUCCGGCAGCACCCGCGAAGACUGAAAUUCUGCGAAAUUGUAAACCUCGUGAAAGAAGAAAUGGAGGCCAUUCUGAAGCUUGGGAGCAAAAUCCAGGAAAAAGCGCUGAACCGGAUAGGAUAGCGGAAAUGCGUUUUUUUUAAAGCUUCGUUUGUCCUCUACUUCAGCUUCACGACUGGCACUUCCACUUCCGGUCGUGCGAAUACUUGUCACGAGCGCGGCUCUUUGGCAAGUUCCUACAUGCAUGUGCAACGGCAGCGAGCUUAUGAUUAUGUUGUUUUUCAUGAAAUAGAAAUAAUUUUGUUUGCAGAUUUUCAGUAUAUCUGAACUGCAACUGUAGAUAUCGACGAGCGGAAGUGAGGGUUAGUUCGUCGCGCUGAAGAGAACCGACAGACACGAAGCGUCUACUUUUUCCUCAUCGAUAGCCGAGUGCGGAGCUGAAUGGGGCAGACGCGAAAUGGAUUGAACCACCACCGUGGAACCAGAACAGGUUCCUUUUUGGACUCUUUUGAGGAACAAAUCGGCUGCAAGAAGAAGUUAUUACGCUGUUGCUCUGCUCUUGUAUCUGAAAUGAACUGCUGCAAGAUUUUAGAAGUAUUAGACGAGUCGUCUUCGUCUCGAUGUCACGACCGCCGUCAUUGUAAGCAGGUAUAACCGAAGGACGUCCGAGAGCAGAUAGGUCCGGGGACUUUACAUGUACCAGACAAAACAAACCUGCAGGUGGUCUCUUGUGCGGCACGCGGACAAUCAUCAAUAGGAAUACUUAUUUAAAUGCAUUCGCAGAUUUUUUCCGCCUAAAAAAUAGAAAAAUCAGAACACAGAACAAGAGCUUCACAUAAGAAGUCGCGCCAGAAGAGCUCGAUCUUGAGAAAGCUCAAAGCUGGCGUGAGGUCGACACGGGGCUACUAGUGCGAGCUGGUUUCAACAGGUCUCUGAUGUUGUUAGAUUAGAUAUCCAUAUCGUUUCAAUAGAAAGAGAACUACACUAUUUUUGCGUCGGAAAGUGCGCUGCUUGUCCUACACAUUAAUAUACCAGCGGCACUUUACGUCGCUAUCCUAAUAUGCUAUCUAUCGCUAUAUUAUGGUUUCGUAUAGAGGACGAAGAAUUUAUCUCUCGAGUAGUAUCUAUGUACUCAUCUUCUUUUCUUGACUUUUUGCACAUUCUGUAUCCGUUGUAUAUGCUGACAAAGGAAAAAAUGAAAAAUGAGAUCCCUUGAAUUGUAACGUCUAACCAGUUGAUAGCACCUACCAUGUGAGGCGAAGGAGAGGAACCUAGGAGCUGCUUGGUGAUGAUGUGAUGUUCCCCGGCCUUUAUUUUUUUACCAGGCACGCAAAAUCAGAACAAUGAUCCAGGCAGGUUCGGAUUGAGAACGAUGAUCCAGGCAGGUUCGGAUGUCUUCACCGGCAGGAACCUGAAGAGGACCAACUCUUUUGGCACACAAGAAUCAAC